GAACACAACACGCCAUGAUGGAGAGGAGAGAGGAAGAGGAGGAGGGGGAGGAGGAAGAGGAGAGGACGACUACAUCCACCAGAGAGGAAGAGGAGGAGGAGGUCUCAGGUGAUGAAGAGGUCUCAGGUGAUGAAGAAGGGGUCUCAGGUGAUGAAGAAGGGGUCUCAGGUGAUGAAGAGGUCUCAGGUGAUGAAGAAGGGGUCUCUGGUGAUGAAGAGCAUAAGGAUAAAGAUGGUGAUGAUGAAGAUGAAGGUCUUUCAGGGAUGAAGAAGCAGACCAAUCAGGAAGCAGCCGGAGACAGGAAGUGUGUCCCAGGUAUUCUCUACCUGGGACACAUCCCUCCGAGGCUCCGCCCCCGACACGUGAGGAACCUGCUGUCAGCCUAUGGGGAGGUGGGCCGCAUCUUCCUGCAGCCAGAGGGUACUUAUACACACUCUGUGUACUAAUACACACAUACAUAUACAUCUUCCUUCAGCCAGAGAGUACUUAUACACACUCUGUGUACUAAUACACACAUAUAUACAGGGGUGCACAUAACUGGUACGCAGGUACGCAUGCGCGGCCUAAAUGUGGAAUGCGUAACGUCCCGUGAGUCAUUGCGCGCCUUUGCGUACCUGGUCAAAUCAAAACGUAUUUGGUGUACAUGUGUUUCAUGUAAAAAUGCAAUGGAGUAGACAUGUCGAAAAAACAAAAAACACUGAGCAACUACUUUGGCGUUUCGCCACCUGCAAAGAAACAACAAACUGA